AAGAAAGAUGGCGUCUUUACGCUGUAGAAGAGAUCCCUGCGGUGUAAUUUGCCUCAUUUUAACUUACUUUAGCGUUUUUUACGCGGACUAUGUGGUCAUCCAGUAUGUUCUCAUCCCCGCCUAUGCCGACAGCGUGUGGGGAACUCUUCAUGGAUCCUUCUUCAACCUGAUCCUGCUGCUGCUGCUGGCCUGCCACUCCAAAGCUGUCUUCUCAGAUCCUGGCAUGGUGCCCCUCCCAGAAACAGCCCUGGACUUCUCUGACCUGCGCUCUCAGUCUUCUCGGAUGAGCGAGCGGGGCUGUGAGGGCUGGACGGUUUGCAGCCGCUGUGAAACCUACAGACCUCCCAGAGCGCAUCACUGCAGGGUCUGUCAGAGGUGCAUACGCCGCAUGGAUCAUCACUGUCCCUGGAUCAAUAACUGUGUCGGGGAGCUGAACCAGAAGUAUUUCAUCCAGUUUCUCUUUUACACUGGCAUUGCCAGUCUGUACUCCAUGGUCCUGGUGGUGUGGGCCUGGGUGUGGAGGAUACGGAACGAGAGGGACGGCGAAGCAGACAAAGAAGGGGAAGAGACACCAAGCAAGCAUCUGAUAGUCGCUCAUUAUAUCAUCCUGCUGGUGGAGUCGGUGCUGUUUGGGGUGUUCGUCAUGGUCAUCUUCUACGAUCAGCUGGUUUCCAUCAUCACGGACGAAACCCCCAUCGAACAGAUGAAGAACAGGCUGAUGAUCAAAGACAGGAGCGCCUCCUCCUCCUCGUUAUCCUCCUCCUCUUCACAGCAGCCGCCUCAUCACCUCCCACACGGCACCCGGAAGCCCAAGAUGGCUCUUCUGAGGGAGGUGUUUGGUAGAGGGUCGGUGUUCUGCUGGUUGCUGCCGCUCCAUUCCAGCCCUCCAUCGGUCGGGGGAAUCAUCUACUCUGCCCUGCCCGACUACGACGUCUGAUCUGUGUGAGCAUGGGGCCAUCCUUGUGUGAAGGAAAGGCCGCUGCCUGAAACUGAUGGCUCGUCUUUUAACUGAGAAGUUACAUAUAGAAGGGAUGAUUGAGUAGUUUGUGUGUGUUUGCAUCCAAAUGAUGAAUGAAAGAAUGAAUGAGUGAUUGAUGCACUGAGUCCUAAUGAUUUUAACCCUAGGACGUAAAAAAAGCACUUCAGCUCCAGACCUAUGAGAUACUUUUUGCUAACUUUAUUGUGAUAAGGAGACAGAACUGAGCUUCUUGUGGCAUGACUGGAAGUUUUCUGACCAGCGGCUCUCAAAUCUUUUUAUACUUAUUCAUGGCAGCCUUUUUCUGAAAACUGGGAUUUUACUGAGCUUUACUCGGUUCCUAAUAACAUUUUCCUUAACAAAAUGUCAACUAUGUGUUUGAAAGGAUCUCUUUGAUCCAAACAGGUAUAGAAUAGUAAGCAUCGGGAUAUUAAGGGUUAAUGCAGUAUAUACAAGCUCUUCAUGGGCAUGUUUGUGUGAGCGUUGCAAAAACAGCUGACCUUUAAACACCCAAAUCACCCUAAAUGUUCAGUUUUGUAUAUUUAUUUUUUAAUACAGAAACAAAACAAGUUCAUUCUCAUCGCAUCGUUGUAAAUUUUAGUUAAAAACCAGGGUGAGUUAUCAGGUGGGUUUUAUUAAAAAAAGAAGCUUUCCGACUCUGGUUAGGAUGACGUCAUCAGCAUGGCAGGGAGAGAGAAACACAAAGCCUUUUAUUUUUACAUCCAGUCCUUUACUUUUGGUUGUAAAACAGCUUAUUAGCCACUGAGAAUCUGACUUAUAAUCAUGUUUCUGAGGUUUAUUAUAUAGUUACCGUGAGUGGCUUUAUGAGCCUUUCCUUUAUUUUCUAUUCAGCAGCCCCCCUGGUGUCGGUCACAAGUUUCCUUUUGGAUUUUUCUCCCCAGGGAAAACAUACAUUUUUCAAAUUUAAGGUUCAGUAAACUUUUAUAAGAUAAAUAUAUAUUGAAAAAAUAUUCAUUUUGAAUAGAAGUAAAACAAGUAUUUAAAAAAACAAACAAAAAAACAGUCGAUAUUGAACUUCACAUUUGCAAUAUUUCCUGAAAGAGUUAAUAUUU